AUGAAGGCAUACAAAGGCGAAACCCUCGACUGCAACCCCAGUCUUGUUACAUAUUGGUCCAAGGGCACACAGAUUUGCGAACCAAGGUCAUUCGAUAUGGAUAAGUUCAUGCACGGCAACACCAAGCACGAGGGCCAUACUGGAUUCUGGGUGGAAGGAUUUAAUUAUAUACCCGAAGCUCAGAUGAGGUCGCAUUUCGCUGUCGGGCCACCUGCAGCCGCGUUGGGCCUUGAUGUGAGAGUAAUCCCCCUUGAUAAAGUGAUAAAGAGCCAAUAG